AUGGCGAUUUCUGAUCUUCUCAAUCGCCGCAUGCGAGCGAAGCCUGAUGAUGAUGGUAAUGACGAGGAGGUUUACUCGCAGGGAUAUGGGUCAGAGCAAGAGCAGGACGAAGGUUCAGAUCAGUCGGAUGAAGAACGAGAUGACGAGGGUUCAGGGGAUGAAAUGAUGAACGACGAUGACGAUGACGAUGAUGGCGACGAUGACGAGGAAGACGACCAAGAAGACAUCCAAUCCUCCCUAAACAACAUCUCCUUCGGCGCUCUCGCAAAAGCCCAAUCCUCCAUGCCCUCCCGAAAAACCAAGCACGCAAAAUCCUCAACCGCAGAAGACGCAGACACCCAUCCCGCCAACCCCCUCGACGACAUCCGCGCGCGCAUCCGCGAAGCCCGCGAACAAAAACAGUCUUCCUCAUCCUCGAAGUCGUCAAAGAAAGACCUCGAAAAGCGCUCCUCCAAACACGCCCCCAUGGUCCAAUCCACCAAACGCGCUGUCACCCGAAGACGCACCAUCAUCGAGCCCCCCGCUACAGCCCGCUCCCGCGAUCCACGCUUCGACCCCACAGUCGUCGGCAAGAACACGCACAUGUCCGUCGACUCCUCCGAAAAAGCCUACGGAUUCCUAAACGAGUACCGUGCCAAGGAACUCAAGGACCUGAAAGACCAAAUGGCCAAGACAAAGGAUCCGUUCCAGAAGGAGAGGUUGAAGAACCAGGUGCGGUCUGCGACAGAUAAGUUGAGGGAAAUUGAGAACCGGAAGCGCGAGCAGAAGGUUCUGGCGGAUCAUAAGAGGAAGGAGAAGGAGUUAAUUAAGGAGGGGAAGAAGAGUAACCCGUACUAUAUGAAGAAAUCGGAAUUGAAGAAGGAGGUGAUUAUGCGGAAGUAUAAUGAGAUGAACUCGAAGGAUCGGACGAAGGCGUUGGAGAGAAGAAGGAAGAAGGUGGCUUCGAAGGAGAUCAAGGAGAUGCCUAUGGAACGGAGAGGGUUUGAGGGUGGUCCUCCUCCGUCUAGGAAGGGUGGUGGAAUGAAGCGGAAACGUGCUGCAUAA